UCCACUCACCAACCUGCCUGUUUGUCGUGAUUCCAUCCGUAAGACCGAGCAAUCAUCUGUGCCCCACCGGAGGAGGUUCGGGACACACCGCGCAGACACAUCUAUCUAUACACCACCCAGCCGAGCCAGCCUGCGACGAGGAGCCCAGCACACCAGGGGCUACCAUCCCGACCCAAACGGAGCGGCCCCAGGAGGUGUUGCUACUUCCCAAGUAUACAGUCAACUUUUAGUCCUAUACUUGUUGCAUAAUGACAUGAAUAAUGCUCGCUAUUUAUGGAAGAGAAUCCCUGCUGCUGUUAAAUCUUCCAGUCCAGAGAUUGGUUGGAUCUGGGAGGUAGGACAGCGGAUCUGGCAGAGAGAUUUCCCAGGAAUCUAUUCUUCAAUAGCUGCCCAUCAGUGGACUGAAAACAUACAGCCUAUCAUGGAGGCUGUCCGAGAUACAACACGGCAGCGUGCAUUUAACCUGGUAUCACAAGCGUACACGUCAAUUUCAGCUGAUGAUUUUGCAGCUUUUGUUGGACUUCCUGUGGAAGAGGCUGUUAAAGGCGUUGUAGAGCAGGGUUGGCAAGCGGAUUCCGCCACACGUAUGGUAAUGCCCAAGAAGCCUGAUUCGGCUCCCCUGUCUCUGAUCCCCAAUGAGCAGCAGCUGGCUAGACUCACUGACUACGUGGCUUUCCUGGAGAACUAGCGCUCCCUCCCAGCCUGACAUCAAGAAUGCACAGAAACAAGACGGGACAGGGAUUCUCCCAACUUCGUGGCCUGUUCUUCUGAAUCCUUGCACUUUGCCAUCUUUAUACUCUUUACAAGCCAGGCAAAUCUCAGCUGGGACUGAAAGAGUUUGAGAGAGAUGGGUGCAGGCACCAACAGGCUGGCAUACAUUUUGGCUGGUGUGGCAAGUAACCAUUUUACUGCCAGAAAGGCUUUGGUCUUGUGCAUAAUAACCUAUAGCAGGUUGUUCUGGCGUAAAAUAGUUUGAGAAGUUAUUGACUGUGUUUCAUUUUGAUGUGAGUUAAUAGAUUUUGUUGCCUGUUUAGUUUAGGACUCUGCCUCAGAGAUGGCUCCAUGAGACAUCCUCGUUUUGCUCUUUAUGUGACUUUUUUUUUAUUUUACAUUUCCCCAGUCUUGCUAGUAGUGGAACAUGUGAGCCACUCCUUUCUUCUAGUAACUGCAGACAUACGGAAUGCCUCCUAAGCCGUGUUCACUGGGGAUUCUUGAACAGUCAGAAGAUGCCAUCCCAAAACUAGUAAUCCCAUGAAGCCACCUGUCAGAAUCUAAAGUCAUUCUACAUUUGUAUGAAAGGUGAACUAGAAAAUCUGCAGAGGCAGUACAAUGACACAUUGUAACCACCUACGAUUUCUGUUGAUAAGAUGGUCUACACCCGGCUUUUAAAGGGGCACUCAACUAGAAAACACUUUUAUUUUAAAAGAAAGUGAAACAGAUUUGUAAUGAUUUCUGUUAAAAAAAAAAUCUUAAUCCUUCUAGUACUUAUCAGUUUCUCUAUGCUCCACAGGAAGUUCUUUUCUUUUUGUAAUUUCCUUUGUCUGACCACAGUGUUUUCUGCUGACAUCUCUGUCCAUUUUAGGAACUGUCCAGAGUUGGAGCAAAUCCCCAUAGCAAAUCUCUCCUGCUCUGGACAGCUCCUAAAAAGGACAGAGGUGGCAGCAGAGAGCACUGUGGUCAGACAGAAAGGAAAUUCAAAAAGAAGAGAACUUCCUGUGGAUUAUACAGCAGAUGAUAAGUACUGGAAGGAUUAAGAUUCUUUUAAAAAGUAAUUUACAAAUCUGUUUCACUUUCUGGCACCAGUUCAUUUAAAAAAAAAAAAUUCUAGUGGAUUACCCCUUUUAAGGGCGUCAUCAUUGUAGAGCUGGUGCUUUAGAAAUGGGUUACAAUCAACCGAAGACCUAUGUCCUGGGUCAUCCACAGAGCUGUAUAUUAUAUUAACAGUUGGGUUGGGUGACUGAUACCUCCAGAUGCUGCAUGGUUAUCUUGUAGCCUAAUAUUAAAGUCUCUUAAAGAAGACCAUUAAAUAUGUUUACUACACACG